AUGCCCUUCCUCGCUGAACAGUCUGUGCCGAUUCCAGGCAGAGACAUCCUGUCCUGGAUGUUCGACGAGCCAAGAUUCGACCAAGAGAAAGCCGUCUAUGUUGAUGCCAUUGACCCUUCAAAAUGCAUCACAGCAAAUCAAGCUCGAGUGCUCAUACGACAACUGAUCGCAGGAUUUCAUGCCGCGGGGGUAAGGCCUGGAGACACAGUCUGCAUCCAUGGCUUCAACAGCAUUUACUAUCCGAUUCUCUUCCUGGGGAUCAUCGGAGUCGGUGCAGUCUUUGCCGGGACCAACCCAGCAUACACACAAUAUGAACUCACUCACCACUUCAAGACCUCCUGCACCAAGUUUGUCAUUGUCGAGCCGGAGCUCUUACCCGCAGUGCUCGCCGGGACGAAAGCAGCCGACAUCCGGCAGUCAAAUACCUGGAUCUUCGACAACCAGGACGAAGCCAUCCCAAAGGGAUUCGAAUCGUGGCGGACGCUUCUGAAUCAUGGCGAGAGAGACUGGAUCCGAUUCGAUGACGAGGAGCUCUCCAAGAGAACCACGGCCGCCAGGCUUUUCAGCAGUGGAACCACAGGACUGCCAAAAGCCGCGGCGCUGUCCCACUACAACCUCGUCGCACAGCAUGUGCUCGUCAACGAAGUGCAUCCGGUUCCAUACGAGACACGCCGGCUCCUCUACCUCCCACUGUUCCACGCGGCCAUGGUCCCAUCCGCUCACGUCGCGCCUCUACGCUCCGGCCACACGAGCUACAUACUCCGCCGGUUCGAGCUGGAGCCGCUCCUCUCGUCCAUUGACAAGUACAAACUCACCGAGAUGAUCCUGGUCCCACCCGUAGCCGUCGCGGUCCUCAAACACCCUUCGCUGCACAAGUAUUCGUUAAAGUCGAUCAAAGUGGUUCUCUGCGGUGCCGGUCCUCUAAGCAAGGAACACCAGAGUGCCCUUCAAGCCAUCCUCGGGCCCGAUACGUCAUUCACACAGGUCUGGGGCAUGACCGAGACAAGCUGCGUGGCCUCGAAAUUCUACUACCCCGAACGAGACGAUACAGGCAGCGUCGGACGCAUGAUGCCGAACUUGGACGUCAAGCUCAUCGACGACGAAGGUAGAGACAUCACGGCCUACGACGUCCCCGGGGAACUAUGUAUCCGCGGACCGACGAUAAUUCCAGGCUACUUCAACAGUCCGCACGCCACCAAGGACGCGGUCGACUCGGAAGGCUACUUCAAGACCGGCGACGUCAUGUACUGCGACUCCAUGACCAAAAAGUGGUACAUCAUCGAUCGGAAGAAGGAGCUGAUAAAAGUGCGAGCGUUCCAGGUGGCGCCGGCGGAGAUCGAAGGCGUCCUGCUUGCCCACCCACGGAUCCUGGACGCUGCGGUGAUUGGGGUCAAGAAGCACGACGAGCCCGAUGUGGAGCUGCCAAAGGCGUUUGUCGUCCGGAAGCCCGGGGCGACCGAUUUGACGGAGGAGCAGGUCAAGGCUUAUUGCGGGGAGAGGCUGGCCAAGUACAAGCAAUUGACUGGCGGGGUCGCAUUUGUUGAUGCCAUCCCGCGAAACGCGACGGGCAAGCCUUUGAAACGCAUUCUGCGAGAUAUGGAGAAGGCGGAGGCUGGGAAGGGCGCGAAGCUCUAG